AUGAAUCUUCCGUCUCAGGGCGGUAUUGAGAGAAAGAUUCCUGAUUGCCUGGAUGCCCUCCGCAAGGAAGGCAAUGACAUGCGGAGCGACGGAUAUUUCCUCAUGAAACUCAUUGAGGACUCUGUUUCGAAUAAUGGGUUUGAAUCUAUUGCUCUUAUUUUCUCUAAGUUUCGUGGUUCUAUUAAUUCUCAGAUUUGUAACUCGAUGAUCAGGGGUUAUUUGGAUUUGAAUGAGCAUUUGAAUUCACUUAUCAUUUUUGCUCACAUGCAUAAAUUUAGCAUUCUGCCUGAUUCUUCUACUUUCCCGGCCGUUCUUAAAGCGACUGCACAGCUAUGUGAUAUUAAACUUGGAAAAAUGAUACAUGGUGCUGUUGUUCAAAUGGGUUUCAUUCGUGAUGUCUACACAAGCACGGCUCUAGUGCACAUGUAUUGUUCUUGUCUGUCUAUUUCCGAUGCAUCUCAGCUGUUCGACGAAAUGCCUGAAAGAAAUUCAGUUACUUGGAAUGCGCUGAUUACUGGUUAUACACAUAAUAGGAAAUUUAAGGAAGCUAUCAAUGCUUUCCGAGGGAUGCUGGCAGCUGGGGCUGAACCGAGCGAGAGAACCAUGGUGGUAGUUCUAUCUGCUUGUUCUCAUUUGGGAGCUUUGAAUCAGGGUAAGUGGAUCCAUGAUUUUAUUUAUCAGAAUAAGUUGAGACUGAACGUGUUUGUAGGAACAGCACUUAUUGAUAUGUAUGCUAAAUGUGGGGUUGUUGAGGAGGCAGAGAAGGUCUUCGAAGAAAUUAGAGACAAGAACGUUUAUACAUGGAAUGUCUUGAUUUCUGGAUAUGGCAUGAAUGGCCAAGGCAAUGCUGCUUUGCAGGCUUUUUCUAGGAUGUUGAUGGAAAAUUUCAAACCAGAUGCGGUUACCUUUCUAGGUCUCUUGUGUGCAUGUUGUCACCAAGGUCUGGUCACAGAAGGGCGUCGACAAUUCAUAAGCAUGAAACAACAGUUCGGACUGCAACCGAAGAUCGAGCAUUAUGGGUGUAUGGUUGACCUACUUGGUCGAGCAGGAUUGUUAGAGGAAGCUCUAGAGUUAAUCGAAUCCAUGAGCAUGGAGCCCGACCCUAUCAUUUGGAGGGCUCUGCUUUGUGCUUGCCGAGUCCAUGGGAAUACGAAAAUGGGUGAAUAUACUAUCAGGAGACUUAUUGAGUUAGAACCAAACAAUGGGGAGAAUUAUGUCUUGCUAUCAAAUCUAUACUCGAGGGAACGUCGGUGGAUCGAAGUAGGAAAGUUGCGAGGAAUGAUGAGUCUCAGGGGGAUUGAAAAAGUCCCUGGUUGCAGUUCAAUUGAAAUAAACAAUGCAGUUUAUGAGUUUACUGCAUCAAAUGACAGAAAACUAGAAUUCAGUGCAAUAUAUAAGCAGUUGGAUAAUGUGAUGAAGAAACUGAAAGAGAAUGGUUACGUUACAGGCACUGACAUGUCUUUGUUUGAUAUUGAGAAAGAAGAGAAAGAGCACUCUGUGAUGUACCAUAGCGAGAAACUUGCUUUAGCAUUUGGUCUCUUAAACUCUCCUUUAGAUUGCACCCUAAGGAUAGUGAAAAAUCUGAGAAUUUGCUCGGAUUGCCAUGAGUUUUUCAAGGUCGUAUCACUUGUCUAUAAACGAUAUAUUGUCGUUAGAGACCGAAAUCGUUUCCACCAUUUUUCUGAACGCGUUUGUUCUUGCCGAGACUACUGGUGA